AUGGAACCCCAGUUCGCUUUGAAAAUCUGGUUUAUUUUGCUGUUCGGGGAAGUGCUGGGAGAGCAACCGAAGACGACAUCAAAUUCCAUAAGUUUUGCUCUGGAAUCCAUCCCCACCAAACUCCUGAUCCUCUCCUGUGUGGUCGUGAUCACUUUCACCUGGCUGGGCUGUGCCUACUUCAUGGCCAAUCGUCAUCAGAAGGCAGUCCAGUAUCUCCAGAGCCAGCUGGACGAACUGUGGCUGCUGCAGGCAAAGCCCUCCGUCUGGCCACAUGCUCCUUUCAUCCCGAAACCUAGAGAGCAAAAUCCCUUGGAGUACAUCACGCCAAAGGAGCCGGAGGAGCAGGAACAGGAGGCCGUUGAGGCGGAGGAGAGAGCUGAAAAAGCCAAGGCUUUUCUCGAAGCAAGAACCAAAGAAAAGUAGUAAGAUGUUACAUAAUCUCUUG